AUGACGGGCGACCUCGACCGCUUGCUGGGUUCCGUUGGAAAACUCCUUGGCAUGGGUGACCGCAAGAAGGGUCUGGGCGAUUUUGCCUUGGACUUGCUGUUAGUAGCUGGCAUGAUGGCAACCGGCGUGUAUCUCGCAAGGAACUUCCUGUCGUCACUGACCAACACCCUUGCCGACCCCGAUCGAGAGAAGCACGAGCAAGCACGGUUGCAGGCAAAGGCUCACCUGGAACGUUUACGCAAAGGCAAGAAUGCCAGUAAGCCUGGCGAAGACGCGUCAGACGACAGCAAGGCGUCUCGCCGCGGACCGAAGCCAGAAGAGUUGGUAUUGAAUGAAUACGAGAACCUCAUUGCUCUGGAAAUGGUGGCCCCGGAGGACAUUCCCAUCGGGUUCUCUGAUAUUGGCGGCUUGGAGGACAUCAUCGAUGAACUUAAGGAGUCUGUCAUUUAUCCCCUCACCAUGCCACACUUGUACUCGCAUGCGGCGCCACUUCUGUCCGCGCCUUCUGGUGUCCUGUUGUACGGCCCCCCUGGAUGUGGCAAGACCAUGUUGGCCAAGGCAGUUGCCCGCGAGAGUGGCGCAUCUUUCAUCAACCUGCACAUUUCGACUGUGACUGAGAAAUGGUACGGCGACUCCAACAAACUGGUCCGGGCUGUGUUCUCACUGGCUCGCAAGAUGCAGCCUGCCAUUAUCUUCAUCGACGAGAUUGAUGCGGUUUUGGGCACGAGAAGAAGUGGUGAGCAUGAGGCCAGCGGUAUGGUUAAGGCAGAGUUUAUGACUUUGUGGGAUGGUUUGACGUCUUCAAAUUCAUCAGGCAUGCCUGCAAGAAUUGUUGUUCUCGGUGCCACAAACAGGAUACAUGACAUCGAUGAGGCCAUUCUUCGGCGAAUGCCCAAGAAGUUUCCUGUCUCUCUACCAAGCAAGGAGCAGAGAAGACGCAUUUUGCAGCUCAUCCUCAAGGAUACAAAGACCGAUCCGGAAUUUAGUCUGGAAUACAUCACCAAAGUCACUGCCGGUAUGUCAGGUAGCGACAUCAAGGAAGCGUGCCGUGAUGCCGCCAUGGCGCCGGUCCGCGAAUACAUGCGAGAGCAUCGAGCAAGCGGCAAUUCCAUGUCCAGCAUCACACCUGAGCACUUCCGGGGUAUCCGGACAGAAGACUUUUUUGGAAGAAAGGGCGGGGGCCAGAUCUUGAUGGACAACCAUGCAAAGCAUUCAGCAAAGGCAUCAACAACUAAUGACUACGAAGACAUGGUUGAGGAACUGGGCUGA